AAAAGUGUGAAUUUCAAAACCCUUUCUCCUGAAACUUGAAAACCCUAGCCUCAACCCUCCACCGUCAAGCUCCGACACGCCGCCUCCCCUUCCCGGACCUCUUCCCUUCUCUUUCAUUAAUGUCUUUCUUCACUGGCGGCGGAAGAUUCCGUGAGCUUCUUAAGAAGUACGGAAAAGUCGCAAUUGGAGUUCAUUUCUCAGUAUCGGGGGCUUCGAUCACUGGCCUCUAUGUUGCCAUCAAGAACAAUGUCGAUGUUGAAUCACUACUCGAUAAGCUACAUAUGGAUCGAUUCUUCUCUAAAGAUCAGCCGCAGAUAAAUCCCUCGGAAGCCACAUCGUCCGUAGACGACGGAUUUAUGAACGAAGAAAGAUCCGCUUCGGAAAUUCAACCGACAAGGAAUCGUACCGCCGAACUUGCAGCGUCGACUGGCGGUGCGUUGGCUUUGGCUGUGCUUUGCAACAAAGCGUUACUGCCUAUUCGGAUCCCAAUAACGAUUGCAUUAACGCCGCCGAUUGCGAGGUUGCUGGCGAGGCGAGGGAUUGUGAGAAGUGGUUGAGGAACUGAAUCCAUCUCAUUUCUUCUUCUUCGUGGAUUUGCUGCUUCUUGAGAUCAACAGAGUACUGCGAUUCAUUUUCUACUUUUUCUUUCGAGAAUCAAUUUUUUUUUUCAAGAAAGAUUUACGACAGAUUUUGAGAAGAUAAUUGUGUUCACAUUGUCAAAAUAUAAAUAAAAAUCUCACCCUUAGUACUUGAUCUU